AUGAACGUCCACAAGACGACUGUCGCCCUGAGUGCCCUUUCUCGGGCUAGUUUACCCCGGUCAGCUAUUCGACAAUCGAUAACCAGUUUCCCAAGAGAAAAUCUAUUGCUGCCUGUUAAUGUCACAGUUCGCCAUGCACAUAAUGGUAACUGCGAUGUAUAUCGCUUUCACCACGUCAAGACGCUUACGAAAUUGAACCAAAACUUGCUCGGAGCGAUUAGUAAUAAGAAUGAGGAGGCUGUGUGGAGAGUCUACACAGAAUUAAGCGAAACCAAAAAAUUAAAUAGCCUCACUGCUGAACAACACUCUAUGGCCCUGAGAGCAUUUCGUCUCAAAAACCACGUUUCUUACGGCUCUGAAGAAAUCGAGAAUAUGAAAAACCGAAUAUUAUUUAUUGUUGAGAAUAUGAAAUCGCUGAACAUUGGACUUGAUUUACGUGACUAUAACCAUCUCUUGGACUUUUUUGGACGUGCCGGUGAUUGGCAGACUUGUGUUCACUACUGGGAUGAAAUGAUGGCUGAACCCAAGGGACUUUGGGGUGUUAGCCCGGAUAUUCACAGCUACAAUUUUUACAUGCGCGGCGCCUUGCAGGGCAAGAAGCCUACCGAAGUAUUCAAUGUACUUGCACUUAUGCGCAAGGACAAUAUGGAGCCCAACGUUUUUACCUACAGUACACUUAUCGAAGCCCACGGGUUAAUGGGUGAUAUCCGAUCGGCCGAUGCUGUGUACCAAAAAACAUUUUUGGAUGCUACAGCAGCUGCCAGUCCAGAGUCAGCUCCGGGAUUCUUUUCAUUUCUGUCGUUCCAGGGCGGGAAGCAGGAAUUAACCAAUGUCGCGGCCCGUGCGGUGCUUGAGUUAUUGCCAAUUUCACCCGAGAGUGGCGCUCUUAAGCCUAAUACGAGUGUGUUUGUGGCACUGAUCAAUGCACACGGCCGUCAUGGAAACGUCAAGGGAUUGUCUCACAUUCAACACAAGAUGAUGCCUGCAGCUAAAGUGCAGCCUGACAUCAAAGUCUACAAUGCACUCAUACGAUGGUAUUGCAAGCAUUCUGAUAUCGAGUCUGUCAAACAAGUAUUCAGUGAUAUGGAAAAAAACAACAUCAAGCCCACUGUUACUUCAUUCAACUAUCUAUUCAGACAUGAAGCACUCAAGGAGAAGCAGACACAGAAAGCUGAAAAACUGCUAGACCUUAUGAAACGUGUCUACAAUAUCACCCCGAUUACAUCCAUGUAUCGUACUCUGAUGAAGAUUCAUCACCAUCACAACCGUAACGAAGAUGCCAAACGGGUAUAUCGCGAUUAUAGUAAAGCGAAUGGAAUACGAACAGAAUCAGAAGCAGAAUCAGAAACAGAAUCAGGAGCAGAAGCAGAAUCAGAAUCACCAAAACUAUCCACACCCACGCCAGCAGUUACAGGAAAUUAAAGAAGAAGAAAGAGAAAGAGAGAAAGUAAAGAAUAUCUAAUGUCACUUCAAUUCAUUCCUAAUCUCCCACCAAAACCCCCUCCCCCCACUCGCACUCUCGACAGCUCUAGUAGUCUACGAGGGAAUCAAAUCAUAAAAUAGACAGGUGUUGUAGUGACAAACGUUGUAUAUAAAGUAAGAGGACGAUCGAUGCUUGUAAUAUGAUUCUUUAUUUGGCACAAGUUGCCAUGACAGCGUC